GUGGUUUUCUUUCGCAUUUUCAAACGUCGCUUCCAAUUUCGGCCUAGCCUCGGCCUCGGACCUUGGUCGAUGAUUUUCUUUGGAUAUUUUGCUCUCUUUUCAGCAUUGUAGCUUAUUUGUUUUCUUCAAUUGAUAACAUUCCUCGAAAUGUCAGCCCCAGGAUCUAGCACAAAUCAAGUUGCACAGCAGAAUCAUAGAAUGGCAAUACUUGAAGACUUGCAGGAGAAGAAGAAACGAAUGAGUGCCAGGAUGCAAUCAGGGGGAGCUGGAAUGCAGUUAAAAGACAAUGGAAUGGGGUUGAUGCGAGACCCCCAAGAAGCUCAGAUGUCAGCUAAUAAACAGCAACAAGCUUUGCAGCAUGCCCAUACAAAUUCUUCAGCAUAUUUCAUCACUCAAGACUCGUCGUAUGGGAACCUCAUCCUUCCAGUUAUACCCAGGAUAGCUCAGCCUAUAGAAUGAUGCAUGCCUACUAUAGCAUCAAAAGACUUUAAGACAUGGACAUUCAGAAAUACCCAGCUUUGCCAAUGGGAUAUGUUACACAUUUGAAGGAUCAAGGGAAAUAUUUCCUGCUUUGGUGCUACAUGUAUGCCAUACGUUAAGAUGCGAGAACAAUACAUCACUCAUUAGGGAGGUAUAUUUCUUCAGAACACCAAUUAAAUGUCUAUUUAAUUUCAUGUAUAAUGUGUUAUUCACAAUGGUUAAUGAUUUUGUGCUUGUUUUCCUCAAACUUUUUAUAUAGUCAAUUGCAUUGAAUUAAAACACCUAAUAUCUAGAUGAUUAGAACCAACAUUUAAUUUCUAUUUUAAAUGUUUUAUGAUCGCAUAAGAUUGAUGAAUUACAAAAUGCAAACAAAUAUGUCACUACAGUCACUAUGUUUGCUUGCUUUGCUAAAAUAAUGGAGACAUGAAAUAACUACUCCAUGGAAUAUUUGAUGUUAGGAAAGCAAGUGUUAUUUAUUUCUUUUGAUACUUGAUUUUGAUAUACAUUUCUUAGUAAUCAACUUUAGUGAAUUCAUAUUUAAGAUGUUUAUUUUUUGUUAAUUAAUGAUUUUAAUAUUGAUAAUCACUAUAAAUUGCCCUUUUCUUGAAUAUAGUAUGAUACGAUAACUCAUCAAUUGUAUUUAUUUUAGGAUUAAUUCAUUCUACAGCAAAUUAUUUGUUUUCUAUUAAAACAAGAGAAGAUAUUCUCAUUUGCGAGUGUGACCCAAAGUGAUUCUUGCAAUUAUGUUUUACACACCUUUAUAAACAUGAUUUCCAUUACUAUACACACAUACAAAGAAAAAUUAUGUAAUAAAUUUGCAUGUACUUGUACUUUUUUGAAAUGUUUAUGUACAUGUACAAACAUCCAGUGAAAAUUCAUGAUGAUGCCUCUAUUAUGUUGUACAUAGAAUUAUUAAAUAUUGUAAAGAUAUUUUUGUUUAAUUGCCAAUAUCAAAUUGGUUUAGCAUCGUAGCAGACGAGCAGUGUCUUGAUAUAUUCAAGUAAAUCAUAUCGCAUUUGUGUAUUGCACUGCUGGGUACAUGUAUUAUUGCAAACACUGCUGUCAUAUCAUCACAUUUUGUAAAGUUUUGGAAGAAUUUUAAUGUAACAUUUGUAUAUUUGUAUAUAAAUGUCCCAAUGAAAUGGAAA